CUCGCCGCCGCUCACCGGGACCCGCGUGCACCCGGCACUCUACCGCUGUGCGCCCGGGACCCCCUUCCAUUAGCCCAGGCCCCCGCGCGCCUGGGACCUUUGUGCGCCCUCGGAGCCCCGCGCGCCCCGGGGUCCCCAGCACCCCAAAACUCCUCGUGCACCCGGCGGCCUCCUUCCACCGGCGCAGGCCCCCGCGCUCUCGGACCCUUCCCCCGCCGGCUUUCGCUCCUCUCGCCUUGGGACCCUGUGCACCCUCGGAUCCCCGCGCUCCCCGGGGUCCCCAGUACUUUAAAACUCCCCGGCACCCGGCGACCCCUUCCGACCAGUCUAGGCGCGACCCGGGACCCCCGGAUCCCUCCUGCCGCCCCAGGCACCCAUGCACACUGCAAGAGGCGCGCUCCACUUGUUGAAUCAACUUUGCUGUCGCCUUGCAGAGCUGGGUGGGCCACUGCCUUUUCUGGGGCCCAUGUGUUUGUCGGUCCCAUAACCCAGGAGAAGGAGGGCAUUUGAGGAGAUAACGCAGCACAUUAAGGAAUCCCCAAAGGUGGACCCAGACGAGGUGGGGACCAUCCCCAGCGACCUGCACAAGGUGACUCAGGUGGAAUCCGGAGCCGCUUUUCCUGUGUAGGCUGCGGUCCCAGUAAGUGGCUUUAGGACUUCUCUGAGUGGAGAAGGGAGCACUAGGUUCCACUUGUUCAUUGCUGGUAUAGAGGAACGUGGUGACGCGUGUGUGCUGACUGCUGCAGUCUUAUCUCGUCGGCUCAGUGUUCCAGAGGAGGGAAUUUUUAAUUAGGGGACAGCCUGCUGGGCAGCUGACUGAGCAUGCUCUGCAUGGGGGUAACGUGGAAGAAGACUCACUGAGCCCCUGGGAGGUGUGGUGCAGGAGCUGGUGUAGGCUGUGUCCAUGUCAAGGACAGCCACAGGAUACUGACUCAUGGCUUGGCCAAUGCUCUGACUCCAUCUAGUAGACCUGAAUGAAGAUUAAAAAAAAAAAGAACCCACUUUGAUGCUGAUGUGGAGGACUUGUGCUUCCUCUGAUCCUGACCAGCUUCAUCUCAGAACCCCACCUAGGCUCCUGUGGAGGGGCGGAGCCUACCUGGAGGAUGGGCAUGCUGUAGCCUAGUGGCUGUGUCCUGGCAUCACGUGCUGGGAUCGAACCGGGCCCCGCACAUGCCCAGCGGGCAGGCUACCCCUGAGCUGCACUCCAGCCCUCCACUGAUGGCUCUUGCCUGAAACCCGUGUUGGAGGUUUCAGCAGGAGGAGAUGGUUUCAGCAGAUGGUGGCACCUGGGCUGAGGGAAAGAGAACUGGUGGAUGUUGGGAUUGGUACAAUUAAGGAGUGUCCUGCUUGUCACCCAUCUAGCUGAGGGUGGACCCUACAAAGCCCUGUCCUAUGAGGGUGUGACUCAGAAGUUGGGGCUGAGGCACAGCUCUGAAGAGCCUGGGGAGAUGGGCUGUUGUGUCUGCCAAGCAGAGACAUAACCUGAGGUUCAGCACAACCCAGCUGUGGCCUGGGCCUCCCGAGGUCCGAUGUCUCAGAACUGCAGCACUCCGUGGUGGGCGGAGGGAGGGCGCUGACCAUGGUCACGCUCAUCACCGAGAAGCUGCAGAACCAGAGCCUGGAUGACCUUACCCACAAGGCCUGUGAAGCUGGCCCGUAUUCUGCUGAGCAACUGAACAAAAGUGGCCAUUUGUUCCCUUUGGAGGUCAGUGUGGAUGAGAGCCCCUGGAAGGCUUUUCACACAGGACGACCUGCUGGGAGCCAGGCGGCCGCGGGGCCUGUGUGCCCCUUCCUCCCAGGCCCCUGUGGCGUGGCGCACACUGAGGGUCUUCAGUGGAGGUCGGAGUCUCCCUGCUCCUGCACAGGCCCGGGGGUGGACAGUGCUCUGAACCUCUGCGAGAACACAGGGCCACCCGUGGCACCACCGACCAAGCGACACUGCCGAUCUCUAUCCGAGCCCGAGGAGCUGGCACGCUGCCGGUCCCCAUGGCGUCCUGGCAGCUCCAAGGUCUGGACGCCAGUCUCCAAGAGGCGGUGCAACAGCGGCGGGAGUGCCACACUGCAGCGUUGCAGCCCCGGCAGCUCCUCCCUGCAGCGGAGCCCGGGUGCAGGCCUGCCCAGGAGCCCCACAUCGCCUGCCGGCCCCAUCUCGCCUCUGGUGCCCCGGCCUGCAUCAGCCAGUAGCGGCUUCGUGGACAGCAGUGAAGGCAGCUCCUCCGGCUCGGGCCUGCCCUGGCGUCCCACAGGGCCCUGCCCGCUCUCCUCAAGGCGCCGCCUGUCCCUCUCACAGGAGCACCUCGCAGAGGCAGGGACCCACCUGCCUUCAGCCAGCAGCACCCCCACAUCCACACCCGAGCUGGGCCGGCGCCUUGGCCUGCUGCGGUGCCGCUCACAGCCAUGCGUGCUCAGCGGGAGGAGGAGCCGGCGCAAACGGAGGCGUGAGGAGGAUGCCAGGUGGACGCGCCCGUCCUUGGACUUACUAAAAAUGACACGGGUGAGCUUCACCACUUUAAAAAAUUCCAAGAGCCUUUGCUCUCUGGACUGCGAGGACGACAACGAGGACGAGGCCCAGGCGAAGACGGUCGUGUCCUCCCCCUGUGACUCGCAGGCCCCUGUGGGCACCAGCACGCCAGGCUCCAGCCCCAGGAUUCCCGGGCCCUGCCCAAUCAGCUCCUGGGCCUCCAGGGAGCCAGUGGCCAGCACAGGCGAGGGAGGGAGCAGUGGAGACCCCAGUGACUGGGACAGUGCCGGGGAGGAGGGCAUCUUCCCCCUGGACCGUGGCGACCUGGACCUGGAACAGAUUGAGAACAACUGAAUCUGGGCAGGCGGGGCCUGUGUGCGAGGUGAUGGCCGAAAUAGGUUUUGUGCUAUUUUGAACAUGAGGUGUAAUUUUGAUUCAAUUUUUCCUAAAGAAGUAUUUUGCAUUUUUAUGGCUUUUACAAUUCGGGGAGAGCUCUCUAUUUUGAAAUGAGUUUUCAGAAGGGCAUUCUAUUAAAUGCGAGUCUGCCUGCGGAUCCCAGUGUGGGCAACCUUCCUUUUGUAAGGAGCCCAGUGUGGGAAGCGUGGCAUGUGGUUUGCUUGCUGGAGACCCUGGGGCUGGUGGUCUGUGUCCUUCUGGGCAGAGCUCCUGGGGCAUGGGCCUGUGAGCAGGUGCCCUGUGCCCGGGCUUGUCACUGGGUGCUGCCUGGCCUCUAGCCUGGACCGCCAGGUUGCUGCACUGCUGGGGGGCUUCCUGUGGCCCAGAGGUCUCUGCGCUCAGGGUCUCAAGGGGCCAUGGGAAGGCAGUCCUGGUGGCACAUUUGCACCCAGCUGUGAAUUCAAUAAAAGGCGUUUGCUCUGUAA